CAGGAUCUAACCCGGCCACCGUAGUCGCUUUUCUCUAUUGGGCGGGACCAAGAGAGGGGUGACCCUGCCGGAGCAGCGGCUGCCAGCGACAUGUUCAAGGUAAUUCAGAGAUGUGUGGGGCCAGCCAGCCUGAGCCUGCUCACCUUCAGAGUCUAUGCAGCACCGAAAAAGGACUCAGCUCACAAAAAUUACAUGAAGGUUGAUGAGCUUUCACUCUACUCAGUUCCUGAGGGUCAAUCUAAAUAUGUGGAGGAGCCAAGGACUCAACUUGAAGAAAACUUCUCGCAACUCCGACAUCAUUGUGAGCCAUAUACAAGUUGGUGUCAGGAAAUAUACUCCCACACUAAACCCAAGGUGGAACGCUUCGUCCAGUGGGGAAUAGACAACUAUGAAUAUCUCCAAAACGCACCUCCUGGAUUUUUCCCAAGACUUGGUGUUAUUGGUUUUGCUGGUUUUGUUGGACUCCUUUUUGCUAGAGGUUCAAAACUAAAGAAGCUGGUGUACCCUCCUUUUUUCAUGGGAUUAGGUGCCUCUGUCUAUUACCCACAACAAGCCAUCACCUUUGCCCAGGUCAGCGGGGAGAAGUUGUAUGACUGGGGAUUACAAGGAUACAUAAUUGCAGAAGAUUUGUGGAAGCAGCAUUUUCAGAAGCCAGGAAAUGUGAAGAACUCACCUGGAAAUAAAUAGAAAACUCCAUGUUCUGUCCAUUUUAAUCAGUUAUAGGUAAACAUUGAAAACUCCAGACGGUAAAUCAGUAUUUCUACAGACAAAUGGCAGAGAGUCAGUAUUGGAUAUAGUAAACUGGCUUUCUUCAGGAAAAACAACACUAAGCCUCUUUGCUAUCUUGGGUGAUGCCAUAUUAUAGGCCAACUAAUCAGCAGUCCUUCACAUGGAAAUAAUGUACAAGCCUUAGAACUCCUCAUUCUUCUAUCACUAUUUAUGUACAUAAUUAAAAUCCAGAUUCAAACAGAGCUGGCCUGCUUUCUUUACUGAUCUGAGUAACAGCUUCAGUGAGCAUCUCCAGUGCUGUAUCUGUGUGGUUUAUGUGUACAUGUGGUUAGUGUGCAAGGCUCAUUCCUCUGUGUGUGUCUCUGUGUGUAUCUGUUUGUCUGCAUGCACACAUGUGCAGUGUAUGGAGGAUGUGUGUGAGCAUGAGCAUGUGUGCUCAAGGCAAUGUUUUUACUCUUUUUUUUUUAAAGGGUUGGCUUUUAUUUGCCUCACUUUGAGAUUUUGGUUUUUGCUUAUUUUUGAGAUUUAUUUUAAUUACACCAUUUCCUGCUUCCCUUUGUUCCCUUCAAACAUUCACAUACACCCCUCCAUUAUAUUUUUUACAUCCUUGGCGUCUUUUGCCAUCAAUUGUUAUUGCAUGCAUAUAUAUGUAUACACACACACAUAUAUACAUAUUUACACACAUACAUAUACAUUCCUAACUAUAACCUCUUCAGUCCAUACAAUGUUACUUGUAUUAUGUUUUCAGGGCUGACUGGCACUGGAUAACCAACUAGUGUGCUCUUCCCUGACAAUAUUUACUCUUUAGGGCCGCACCAGUUGGCAGUCAGCAGACUGGACCCUACAACUCAGAAAUGAGGAGGAGAACGUAGAGGUGAUGCUUCAGAAAUCAACAGAAGUACCAGAUUCCUACCUGCGGCGGUUUGAAUGAGAGUGGCCCCCAUAGGCUUAUAUAUUUAAAUGCUUGGUCCACAGUUAAAGGGACUGUUUGGGAAACAUUAGGAGGUGUGGCUUUUGUUGGAGGAGGUGUUUCACUAGGGGUGGGCUUUGCAGUUUCAAAAGCCUAUGCCAGGUCCAGUCUUGUUCACCCUCUCUGUCUGUGGAUCAGGAUAUAAAGCUCUCAAGCACUACUCCGGAGCCAUGCCUGUUUGCUUCCUGCCAGGAUGAUCAUGGACUAACCCUCUGAAAUGUUUGUAUAGGUCUUCAGUUCUUGAAUGCCUGGGAGAAAUGCAUGAUGAAGUAGCGCAUGCUCUUACCUGCUGGGGCGAUGAAGAUACUGCUGUGUACUGGCUCCCUGUCUGUGGCUUCCUCUCUCAUGGUUCUUCAGCUCACAGCUCAUGGAAUUCUGAAUAACCAAGGGUAGAGAGUCCACAAGUUUCUUCACUGAGAUUACUUGAUUUACACCUCAGCUCACUCCGGAGAUUAUUAAUCAAUAGUACUCGACUGUCUCCUAACUGAAAGAAAGACAUCCACAAGACCACCUGAGAACAAUGUACAGCGAUACCUUCCAGAAGCCAGGCAAUUUAGGAUACCAACGCCAGGUCGAAGGCUGGAGGGACAACGGAGCUAAAUAUGAGGAGUCCUUCCCCCACCUCCCUGCUCCCCAGAUCCAGGUCUUCCGUCUUCCCCCAGAAAAGACUAGGCCUCCCAGGGACAUCAACCGAAUGUGGCACAACAAGAUACAAUAAAACUAGGCACAAGCUCUCACAUCAAAGCUGGAGUGGAGGAAAAGGAUCCCGAGAGCAGACAGAAGAGUCAGAGACACCACUGCUCCCACAAAACCACUAAGCUGCUGGGUGAAGCCUUUCUGAUGACAACUGAACUAUGAACCAAUCUGAUCUACCCACCAUCCUGACAAACAGAUAAAGCCAACCAAAGGGUGAGCAGUAUUGUUCGGUGAGCAGUAUUGUUCGGUGAGCAGUAUUGUUCGCACCAUUUGUUGAAGAGGCCGUCUUUGUCCAGGGUGUUUCUGGCAUCUUUGUCGUAAUGGAGAUGUGACAGCUGUCUAGGGGAUUGAUGAAUUUGCUCCCUGACACGAACAAAGAAUUGAAUGACUAGGAAGACAGAAGACACAACUUUAUCCUGUCAAGAUGGGAGAAGUCUAAAGCUGGAAGUCCAUUAAACAGAGGCUGACUUGGGACUUAGAGGAUUUGAGCUGAAGCUGACCUGAAAGCCUCUUCCCUGAGGACUAGCUUUCCCAGUAAUGGAAGGCGCUGUACAAGCUGCUGGAAGAGGGAAGCCGUCAACUGUCCUACCAGUCUGUGAGGCCUAUGACCAAAGCAUGAGCAGCAUUGAUAUGUGUAGCUCUCACCCCUCAUCAAAGGCGCUUCCCUUUGCAAAAGACAGAGACAAUCCAGAAAACCCCAAGUGGUCACAAUGCAGAGAACGAGUAAUGGUAGGUGCCAACCUGAACUGAUCCAUCUACCUAGAACCCCGAACUCUAAAGUUCAUGGGACAUCAGAGAAGGCACAGAAAUUUCAAGAGCCUGAGGACAGGGUUGAAGCGUGCAUCUUGACUGUCUCUUGAGAGUGUGUUGGCAUCAGGAAAGGUAUGAGCAUCGGUCUCUGCAAGGCUCGGAAUAUCUAACGGAGAUAGUGCCUACAGAAAGCAGGUAUGCUCUGGCGCUGGCUGCUUACUGUUGCUGCCCUGUCUAAAUGGAUCUCGUGAUGUGGAGAUGGAGUCAUAGCGCUUGAGUGGGGUAUGUUUGUGUUUUUGAGGUGAGCAAGGACAUGUCUUUGGUCCAGUACAAAAUAGCCCAUUGAGCAGCACGUGACAGUGAGAAGGUUGAGGUCAGUGCUUACCUUUGUUGAGCUGUGCAUCCUUCCUUAUCCCAUAUGUAGAACUGGAGUCAAGUCACUAUGGGGGAGCAGGUGUCCAGAAAAUAGGGUUUGCUGAGCUAAUUUUGGGCAGUUGAAAGUGCCACAUUAUUGCUGCAAUGAGUGGAGACUUUGGGGCAGUGGAUUGUGGCUUUCUGUCUGCUUUCAGCUCUCUCUUUCAGGUGAUCCUGCUUUUUUGCUGCGGUACCAGCAAGAGUGAAGAAGGAGUAAUGUCUGGCCUUCCAGUGGGACAGAUUGGAAGCAAUAGAGAUACAGCAAUCUAAAACAUAUUAGAAGACACUUUCUGAGAGCAGUUUUAGGUUAUUCUUAAAGAUACUCACUAGAAAAUUCAUUGGUGUACAUUUCUAUUUGACUUAUUUUGCUGCUGUAAUUAAGAAAAAUUUCUAACAGCAGGUAUACAGUGAUGUCAAACAGAAACCCUUUUGAUAUUACCAAACGAAAGUCAAAGAAAUGGUCCUCCUUCACCUGGACUUCUUGAUUCCCUUUGGUGUGUUCCACCCUAGGGUAACAUGGCACCAAACAGACAGUUCCGUGGCAUCCAGGAAUUUUAUGUUCUAUUAUGUGUGUGUGUGUGUCUAUUUAUAGAUCAGUAUACAGUUGGUGGGAAUUUUAUACAUAGCUACAAUGAAAGAUAAUUAUAUGUGAUCCUCAGUUUCCCUCUCCAACUUCUGUCACGUUCCCCCAGCUCCUAGCAUGCCCCCUCUUAACUUCAUGUCUUCUUUUUUGUAACCCUCUCAGCACAGUUAUUGCUCCCUAAAGGAAACCCUCAAAAAGCAACGAUUCUCUCUCUUCCUGCAGCUGUUGGCUGUCAAUAGCAUUUCUUCUUUAAGGAGAGAAUCCAGAAGAGCACCCCUCUCUGAGUGUGGGCUGACUUGAUCUUCUGCAGGUACACACAGCUUAUGUCAAUUCAUGACUCUGCUCACCACAUCAUGUCCAGAAGACAGCACAUUUUGCAGUGGCAGCAGUCAAUGUGGAGAUGCAAGAUCGGUCAGAGUGCUCAGAGGAAGACUGUUCUGUUUCAGAGAGGUGGUGAGAUGCAGUUUGGGUGAGCAGAAUCAGUAGCCAAUGAUGGUGGGCCUGCUGAGGAUGAUGAGAGAUGUUUACUAGCAUACAUGCUUGUAUAUAGUUGGCUCCUCGUACAGUUGACGUGUGUGUGUGUGUGUGUGUAAAAUAACAGUUAACAAAAAGCAGAUCAUGAAUUUUAAAGAGAACUAUACAGGAAGGUUUGGAAGGAGGAAAGUGAAUACGAAAAUGUUGGAGUUCUAUUAUCUCAAAUAUAAAAGAAAAAAGGAAACUAAUAACAAUUAACUUAAGAAGACAUUAAAAGGUGAAAACAGUAAAGCAGGCUGGGCAGGCCAUGACGAGCAAGCACAUCGGUGGGCAGCACUACUCCAUGUUCUCUGCUUCAGUUCCUGCCUCCAGGUUUCUACCUUGACUUCCAUGGAUGGUAGACUACAAGCUAAGAAGAAGGAAACGACUUCCUCCUCCCAGGUCGCUCUUGGUCAUGGUGUUUUAUCAUGGCAGUGCAGACCUGCUGUUCCACGUAUGUAAUUCUUCCCAUGGAUAGAAUCCAGAGUUGGGUAAGGGCAUUGAUGGCUUUUCCCCACAACCUGCAUGGGGCCUUCCAGCACUGUGCACACCAGCCAGCAGAGUAGAAGCUUCCAGCUUAGCGCUAGCUUCCUUCAGUGAUGUAGUCUUCCCAUCUAGUUCUGGCGGCUGACCUAACAAUGGCAGUGCCCUCCAUUGUUUGGGAGCCUCUAGCCAACAACUCAGAAGGAAAUAACCCACAACUGGCGUUGAGAUUUUUGUUUCAAAAUCUAUGGUUUUUGUGAGCAGCAUUAUUCGUUCAUUUAGGGUAUCACCAUUUAAAAAUUUCAGCUCUCUAAUUGGACUUAAGGCCUGCUUAAUAGGAGAGAAACCACGGCUGGUACUGAAAACCUAGCCAACUACCCAGGGCUAGUGAAGUCAUGGAUCUUGGAGGGGAGCCCACAACCACCACUCUACUAAACCAUCACAAUCCCUAACUAUGCUCUUAACUCCUUGUAUUCACAGAUAGUAGAGUCCUCUCUCAUCAUUUUUUUUUUCUCUUUGCAACAGACAGAGACUACUACAGAAAACAACAACCCAUCAAGCUGCGGAGUUGCGGAGCCCGUCCCAAUGGAUACAUCUGCAAAACAACUGCAUCUAAGGCUCUGGGAAUAUUUUAGAAUAGGAGGCAGAAAGAUUCUGAGAACUAGAGGAUCAGGGAACAAGCUGUGAGGCUCUGUCUCCUAGUAAUGCCAUGAGUUACCCAUAAUAUGUCAGCAGUAUGACUGCCCAAACAUAAGCUGAACAAGGACAAAAACAGACAUGCCCAACUGGACAGGGGAAGCCCGCUAGGCCUCAGCCCUAUACAAAGAACAAUGAGGCAACUAAGGAAUACUGAGAGCUGGAGAAACAGUCUUCCCCAGAGAAGAGCACAGCAAUUGUUUGUCCCAUACCAAAUGAUCAGUCCUAGAAGCAUACGUACAAGUAACAUGAUAAACACUGAGGGGCUAUAUUUAGAAAUAGAUAUGUAUAUACAUAAACGCACACGCAUGAAACCAGUUCAUGAAAAAAGAGGCCAUAAAUUUGAAAGAGAACAAGGAGGGGUAUAUGUGCGUCUUUAGAGGGAGGAAAAGAAAGGGAGGAAAGGUGGAAUUAUAAUGACAAGAAGAAAACAAAGCUUUAGUUACCAUCUAAAUUUAGGAAGUUUCUGCGUGGCUGUUGCCUAUGUCCUAAGUAUCGGUUGACCCUUUUCUCAACCCUAUUGCCCCUGACACCGUCCCUGUUUAAGCCUUUCUAGUCCUUGUGUUCCUCCAAUGGCACUUCCAUGUCACAAGCAUUUUACUGCCCCUUCCCUCAAGACCGACUCUUGCUCCCUGACUUCUACAGAAAGUAACUCCUAUUUAAACACAGAAAUGUAAAACUGUGAAGCUAGGGCCCACAUGUGACAUAACAUGUGGCUGCUGUGGCCAUUGUAACAAAGAUGCUGAACCAUACAUUAGAGAACAGGCAGGCAUCCUCAUUGAUGUGGAGUUGUGGGAAAAUAGAUAGACACAUGUAGAAGACUAUAAUUGAAUUCCUGACAUUAUCCUGAAGAAAAAUCAGUUCUAAAGACAUGAAAGAACUUAAUAAGAGACCUGAAAUUCUGAACAUGUCAGAGGAAGGUAGAGGGAAAAUUACACACCAG